GAGGGUGAGACGGGUUUAGGCGGAGUGCGAAAGGCGACAGCGGAUGACACGAGAUUUUUUGUAUAGUCCAUGGCAUGUCCAGUUAACAGGUUAUUUUUUCCUCUCUCAAAGCUUGAUCUCUUGCUGGUGCUGUUAUUAUCAGCUAAGCUAUAAGCUUACAUGCAAACAAGUGAUUUGACUUUAGUUCGGUUAUUCUUUCCUUCGCUCCGGGACAACAUUGGAAGAGCUGAGAACCUCGAGAUCAAGCUUAUGUCGUCCUCAGUAAUAGUCCACUUGUAUAGACUCGUUUGGUUAUGACUGAUUAUUAUUAUUAUUUUUUUAGUUUGUUCUAUUCUACCCGGUAAUUCGCCACCGCCGGUAGCUGCUUGCCUUCUAACCCGUUACUAUCCCGUUUGAUCCUUUGCGGUGAUCCGCUGGUUGAGCUCCAGGAUUGUCACCUCACCCUUCAACCCAAGCCGUCGUUCGUCAGUCAGUCGUAUACGGCGAAAUAACGACGAAAUCUUCCUCGAAUCGUCAACUUUGUGCUGGCGGUUGGAAUCCUAUCUGACGGGAUUUAGCCGACACACGCCGUUAGGCUCGGCUUCUAAAUCCCUCCUCAUUCACUCAACUCCGCGAACUUGAAAAUCCCUCAACUCGCCAAUAUUCAUCCGGUCUUCCCACCAUCUUCGUGAGCCAUCUACCUCGAGAAACUAUUUUCUUGUUUUCUAUAAUUACGAUUGAAAAUUAAUCAGCAGCGAUGAACCAGUUACACCAUAGUCACGGGCCGUUGUCAACAUUAGAAGAUUUGGUGGCUAGCGAAUCGGCACGCGUCUCGGCAGGUAUCGGGAGUGUAGCGGGCCAGAGCCCUCUCGAUGGUGCCCCUCAGUCACGCACCCACCACGUACAUUCGCCCACCAUAAACCACAAUCAAGAAAAGUCGGGACUGAAGGUCAGCCAUGAUGACGACAACUGCGAUGAAUCGGACAACGAGCAAGACAACGGGAAGAAGAAGCGAACUCGUCGACAACGGACACAUUUCACCAGCCAGCAGCUACAGGAACUCGAGGCGAACUUCUCUCGUAACCGUUACCCUGAUCUCUCGACUAGGGAAGAGAUCUCAGCAUGGUGUAACUUGACUGAGACCAGAGUUAGGCACAUGGACCACGCUCCUACCAGGGAGCUCCGAUGUGUCUCCUUGCGGCUUAAUCCCUAA